AUGGCAGCCACCACGGGCUCGGGAGUAAAAGUCCCUCGCAAUUUUCGACCAUUGGAAGAACUGGAAGAAGGCCAGAAAGGAGUAGGAGAUGGCACAGUUAGCUGGGGUCUAGAAGAUGAUGAAGACAUGACACUUACAAGAAGGACAGGGAUGAUAAUUGGGCCUCCAAGGGUGGACCCAAGAGCCAUAUCAGUGCUAGCAAAAUGGCAGAAUUCAUAUAGCAUCAAAGUCGUCCUGCAAGAGCCCCGGCGCCUAAUGAUGUCUAAAGAAAACAUGAAACUCCCUCAGCCGCCUGAAGGACAGUGUUACAGCAAUUAAUCAAAAAGAAAAACCACAGGCCCUCCCCCUACUCCCUCCCAUUCGAUUUAAGCAGUCUUCAUUUUCCACAGUAGUAAAUUUUCUAGAUACGUCUUGUAGACCUCAAAGUACUGGAAAGGAAGCUCCCAUUCAAAGGCAAUUUAUCUUAAGAUACUGUAAACGA